AGUUCAUCCGCGAUACCCCCGGGCACUGCCACGGAGAGGCUACUCGCUGCUGGUAGUAUACCGAAUGGCGGACAGUGUUCUGGAGGAGGCUCUGUCUGAAGAGCAGAGAGAGAUGGGAGGGAGAAGUCUGGCUCAGACUCUGCGCUGGACGCAGCCAUGCAUGAGACAGGGAGCGCGGCGAGAGCCAAAGAAGUGGGCUAAAUCUGGACCUGGACUACAAACCAGGUCACUAAAGGCGCAGAAUUCCCCCGAAAACGCAGCCAGGGAGAGGAGUCGGGUCCGGAACCUUCGCCAGGCCUUUCAGAGCCUCCAAGCCGCUCUGCCGUCCGUUCCUCCAGACACAAAGCUCUCCAAACUGGACGUGCUAGUCCUGGCCACCAAUUACAUCGCCCACCUGACCGAGACUCUGGACCAGGGGGGAAGACUGUGUGAUCAUCCAGUGCUGCAGAGAGCGGAAGGCUACCUGCACCCUGUGAAGAAGUGGCCUAUGCGCUCUCUGCUCUACUGUGGGAGCAUCGGAGAGCGACUGACUGGAGCGUCCGCUAACCAAGAUGAGACACCCGGGAGUGCAGCUGAGGUCAAAGCAGACUGAAGCUCGCAGACGGCUCAGGUCAGAUCAAGCCCAGGCUGACCGUAACUGCAUGUGAGAGUGAGGAAAAGCCUCUGAAAAGGUUGACUGACAAACGGAUUUACAUGCUAAUAACAUCAUCUAUUUAGUGUGACUGCAGCUACCGUACUUUGGCCACAGCUGACUGAAAGUGUUUUUCCUAAUCUUAAAGAUCUUUUUUAUCUAAAGGCUUAAACUUAAAUGCGUGACACUUGUCUCUAUGAUGAUGCAUAUGUAUGAAAUAUGAAAAAAUAUUUUAAACAUAUUUUUUUGUAUAUACCAUUCUGUGCAAAAGUCAGAGACCACUCUUUCCUUGACUUAGUUAGCCGUCAAAACGGACCUGGAAAAAAAGCAGAAACCACGCAGCGGAAAAUUAUACGGAAGCAUCAACAACAAAAUAUAACACAAAUUGUUUUCAGUGUUCAGAGUUCACUCUUUGCCUUUUAGUACAGCUUCCAUUCGUUUAAGGAGACGGGCUUUUCUACAUUUCAUCUAUUUUUUCACACCUCCAAAGUUCAGUCUUAGAAGUUGGUUGUAUUUUCUGCUUCUUACAGUAGUAAAUAAUCCCUAUGGCAGAUUUAGGCCCAAUCCCAUUUCACCCCUCGCCCCUACCACUUGGCCCUUAGCCCUCUGUUUUGCAGGUUCGCGUCUACGGUUAUGGUGUCCCAGUCAUUGUUGAGAUAGAGGGGUAGGAUGAAGUCUUAGGGCUACAUGGCCCUCCAAGCAGAGGUUUUUCAGAGGCUCACACCAGUUUUAAACAGAAAAACCGGCAAAAUGGCCGCACAAUGACCAAAGAAACCACAAAAUAUAAGUAUUUUCUCCGCUAAAUUGCGAUAACCAUUGUAUUGUCUUUAGUUUAAUGUUGUUUCAGUAUACUAUAGUCGUUUUCUUCAUAACAAGCAUAAC